ACCUUCGGGGCUCCAGUCACUGUCAUCUAAAAAUUUUAUCACUUCGUUCCUGCGCCCUAUUAUAUUUUUCAAUUAUUGUUUUGUAAACCUUUUAAGUGUUUUUUUCAAAUAAGAUUUUUUUGUAGCUUAAAAUUUAAAUAUAAGCAAAGAAAAAUGUGGGGUGAUCCUUUAUUGAUAGUAUUUAUUUCAGUAUGUACUGCUUUCUUGGGAGAAGGACUUACAUGGAUAUUGGUAUAUAGAACUGAAAAAUACCAAAAAUUAAAGGUAGAAGUUGAGCGCCAAAGUAAGAAGUUGGAGAAAAGAAAAGAAGCACAUGGUGAUUCUUUGGAUAAGCAACAUAAGAAAAAAAUUGAACGUGAAGAGGAGAGGCUGAAAAAUAAUAAUAGGGACCUGUCCCUUGUUAAAAUGAAAUCCAUGUUUGCCAUUGGUUUUGCAUUUACAGCUUUACUGAGCAUGUUUAAUAACAUAUUUGAUGGUAGAGUGGUAGCAAAGCUUCCUUUUCACCCAAUAUCCUGGAUCCAAGGUCUCAGUCACCGUAAUUUACCUGGAGAUGACUUCACAGAUUGCUCAUUCAUUUUUCUGUACAUUUUAUGCACUAUGAGCAUAAGGCAAAAUAUUCAGAAGCUACUUGGAUUUGCACCUUCUCGUGCAGCAUCUCAACAAGGCGGAGCCCUUUUUGCAACUCCUCCAGCUCAGUUUAAAUAAUUCAUAAUUAAAAACUCACAUCCAUGAAACAAUGGUUGUAAUUUGUGAAUAAAGAAUUUUGUUCAUUUUGUUUUUGAAA